CAAGGCAUUGUUUUUUUGUCAAAAGUUGAAAAUUUCAUUUUAAUCAUCAUUGACAUAAUCAUUAAUAAGAAAUGACGGAAGUUUAGAAUGGUUAAUCCUCAAACAAUCCCCAAAAAUCGAAAAAUAUAUUAACAAUGGAUCUAUCGAACCGUUGCCGCGGGUGUCUUUCGAACGACGAGGAGACAUUGCGUCCGCUGGAGAACGCUCCAACGGCAAAAAUGUUCGAAGAUUGCGUCGGACUAAAGUUAUCAACCGGACCCGGUCUGCCAAGGAAUAUCUGCGGAACGUGCUACGGGAAAUGCACAUCCUGGAGUAAGUUCAAACAACAAUGCUUGGAAACGGAUGCUCUGCUGCAGUUUAAGUUUGAACAUCUGAAAAAGACCGAGCCAUCGGUUGUUGAUGAUAAGGAGGUUGUGGAACCUGAAGAUGAUGAAGUGCAACCAAUUGCUGAUAGAGGUCUGGAUAACAACGGCGAAGAAUCUCCAGAAACGAUAGUAGACGAGGAAAAGGAUCUCGAGGAAGAGUACGAUAUUGUUGCACCAGAGCAAAUCGAAACGGGUGUUGAAGAAAUUCAAGAGAAUGAUGAACAAGAUAUGAAUCAGGAAAUCGAAAUUGAAGUAACUGAUGGCGAUCCAGAUGACGAAGAGUAUGACGUUAAGGCAACUGUUGUAGAAGAGUUCUACUUAUCGGAAGAGGAACAAACAGUACAUGACACGGGGGAAGACAUUGAGGAGGAAAUUGUACAAGAAGAAGUUGUCAGCGUGGAGAAUAGCGAGCAACAGGUUGUUGGGAAAAGGAUGGAUAUCAGCUGUGAUAAAUGUAGCAUGCGGUUCCGUAGUGCCGAGCGCUUCGAAGCACAUCAGCGGGAGCAUCAAGGGCUGAAGCCGGAAGUUUGUAAGGUAUGCAGCGAUGAAUUCAAUAGUGCUAGGGCUCUUUGGCGCCACAUGAACAAGCACGGAGAUGUCAAGAAGCAUGUUUGUAAGGAAUGCGGAAAAUGUUACAAGUUUGCGACAUCUUUGACGCUGCAUCGAAAGACGCAUCGCGAUGAAAAGUUGCACAUCUGUGACACAUGUGGCAAAUCAUUCGUCAGAGCUCAUGGUCUGAAAAGCCAUCUUCUGACCCAUGUAAAUGAAACUCCUUUCGAAUGUGACAAAUGUCAGAAGCAGUUCAAAAAUCUCACUAUGCUACGGAAUCACGUAGUUCGAGUUCACGAAGCAAUCAAGAACUUCAUCUGUUCAGAAUGCGACAAACCAUUCGCCACGGGAGCCGAGCUGAAGAUUCACCAACGAAGCCACACGAACCAAAGGCCUUUCAAAUGCUCCAGUUGCAACAAAGCUUUCAAAACCCAGAGUCAUCUCUCCGUCCACUUUCGGGCGGCCCACACAAGCGAUCGGCCGUACGUAUGCGAAAUUUGUCCGCGCAAGUUUGCCCACAGUAAAGUUCUGAAGCAGCAUCGACUCACCCACGCCGCUGAAGGCCCAUGGAAGUGUCACAUUUGUGAAAAGACCUUUCGGCAAAGGAAAACUCUAAUAGGCCAUAUGAGUCAACAUGAACGCGCGAGUCCAAUCGAUGAGUUUAUUAUUGAAUCUGUGGUAAAACUUCCAGAAACAUUGACAACAUUAGAAUAAACAGUAGAAAUUAAAAGCUUAUAA